UGAGAAAAAGAGUAUGUGUGUAUGUAUGUAGUAUAUACUUGACAAAAGAAUGUACCUUGAAUAAAUGAAUGAAAUGAUUCAUUCAAUUCAUUCACAUUUUUAUUCUUUCAAAACCAUUCAUCCGUCACAAUAUUUGAAAGGGAAAUUAACGCUUCGAUCUGAUUAAAUAAAUUUUUAAAAGAAAAAUCGGCAUUUUUUGCAACAAAUUUGGUUUUUUUAAGCAGAACUUUUACAAUUAUGCCUUCUGUUCCCCACUGGCAAAAACGAAAUGCGGCAGCUGGAGUGGAGGAUAUGGUUUUACUUCGACAAUUAAAUGAUGAUGCUAUUGUUGAGAAUUUACGUAAAAGGCUGGCUGCUCGUUUAAUUUUCACAUAUAUUGGACCUGUACUUGUUAGUGUUAAUCCUUUUGCUGAUGUACAAAAAUUUGGAGAAGCGGAAAUGGAACAAUAUCAGGGCGCAGCCCAAUAUGAAAAUCCUCCACAUAUUUUUUCAUUAGCCGACUCAAUGUUUCGCAACCUCAUGAUUGACCGUGAACGUCAAUGUGUAAUAAUUUCAGGCGAAAGUGGGGCUGGGAAAACUGUUGCUGCCAAACAUAUUAUGUCUUACUUAGCUCAUUCUUCUGGUGGUGGUCAACGUGUACAGGGCCUAAAAGAGACUAUUUUAAAGACAAAUCCUUUGUUAGAAGCUUUUGGAAAUGCUGCGACUAUGCGAAAUUGGAAUUCAAGCAGAUUUGGUAAAUAUGUUGAAAUAGUCUUCAGUCUUGGUGGAGAACCUUUGGGUGGACGAAUUUCUUCAUUUUCACUAGAAAAAUCCCGAGUUGCUCAAACAGCACGAGGAGAAAGAAAUUUUCACAUUUUUUACCAAUUAAUUGAGGGAGCCGAUAAAGAAUUGAGUAAAGCAUUUGGAUUGGCUAAAGCAACAAAUUAUAAUUAUUUAAAUUGUUCUGAUUGUUAUGAAGCUGAAAAUACAAAUGAUGGAUGUUCUUUUGUUGAAACUAAAGAUGCAAUGACUGCAAUAGGAUUAGACGAAAAUAUACAGCGUCAAUGUUUGUCUGUUGUGGCAGCCACACUUCACAUUGGAAAUAUUAAUUUUGUGGAGUCUGAAGGAGAUGGAUUUGCUACUAUUGCUGAUGAACAAUUUACUUCUGUCAAUCGAGCAUUAAAUGUGGAUGAUCGGCGACAUUCUUUAGAUCUGUCAAUUGGUGUGUUGGAUAUUUACGGAUUUGAAGUUUUUGAAUGGAAUGGAUUUGAACAAUUUUGGUUUAUUUUUAUUGAAUUAACUUUAAAAGCAGAACAAGAGGAAUAUAUGGCUGAAGGUAUUCAAUGGACAACUGUAGAAUUCUUUAAUAACAAAAUUGUUUGUGAUUUAAUUGAAGCAAAGAGGCCACCAGGUAUUAUGCCAAUUCUCGACGAUGUUUGUGCCCAAAUCCACGGACAAAGUGACGGCGUUGACAUUUUAAUGUUAAACAAAUUAUCAAAACAAUUACUUGGACACGAACAUUUUCGCCCCGGAUCUGAUAACUUUUUAGUUCGUCACUAUGCCGGUGAAGUACUUUAUCAAGUUGAAGGUUUUUGUGAUAGAAAUCGAGAUAUUUUACAUUUUGAUUUGGUUCAUUUAAUGUUGGGAAGUAAAAAUCAAGCAAAUCAUUUAAUGGAAUCUUUAAUGUGUUGUGUGCCUCAUUACAUUCGUUGUAUUAAACCAAAUGAAAGAAAACGGGCACUUGAUUUUGACGAAGAAAGAGUUUUGCAUCAAGUCCGCUAUCUUGGUCUUCGAGAAAAUAUUCGCGUUCGUCGGGCUGGGUUUGCCUAUCGACGACUUUUUGAGCGUUUUAUUUGGAGAUAUUCAAUAAUUUGUAAAGGAAGUGAAAAUAAAUUAAAAAAUAAAGAUCCUCAUCAUGAUUGUGAAAUUAUUUGUGAAACUGCACAGAUUUCCCCUGAAGAGUUUCGACUUGGAAACACAAAAAUAUUUAUUAGAAGUCCAGAAUCUUUAUUUCUUUUAGAAGAAGCGAGGGAAAGACGUUUUGAUGCUUUUGCUAGAAUUAUUCAAAGAAUAUUUAAAAGAUUUGCUGCAAAAAGGAAUUUGAGGAAGCAAAAAGACGAAGCAAGUGAACUUUAUCGAGGUUUAAAAGAAAGAAAUCGUCAUUCAUUGGAACGUCGCUUUGUUGCUGAUUAUAUUGGUUUAGACCAUCAUCCAGGACUUCAAGCAAUUGUUGGGGGAAGACGUGAACGUAUUUUCUUUGCUGCAAGUGUUACUAAAUAUGAUAGACGUUUUAGACCAACAAGGACAGACCUUUUAUUGACUACAAAAGCAAUUUUUCUUGUUGGCCGGGAGGCUUUAAAGGAAGGAACAAAUGCUGGAAAAAUGGUAGAAUCGCUAAAAAGAAAAAUUCCUUUCGCCUCAUUAAAUGCUGUUUUGGUUAGUUCAUUUCAAGAUGAUUUUUUAUUGUUAGUUGUUACUUCUGAAUAUUCAAGUCUUUUGGAAACACCUUUAAAAACUGAAUUUUUGGCUGCUUUAAAUAAACGUUUAAAAGAAAAUUUCCGUCAAUCUUCUCUUCCAUUACAAAUUACAGACAAAUUUAUUAUUCAAUUAAAACAAUUGCGUCCAGCAAUGUUACCCAAUGCUUUCCCAAAAGCUGCUAUUUCUUUAUUUACUGGAGGAAAUGAAAGGAUUGAGACACAACAACAAGGUCGACGAACUAUUUUGGUUCCAAAUGGAAAAAUACUUAAUAUUUUGGUUAUUGAUGGAUUAUCUCCAAAUAGUAAGCCAUCAAGUAAUUACAAAAUUUCAUCAAACGGUAUUUCUAAUCAAAUAAACAAUUUAAAUAAACAACACAAUUUAAUUUCUAACAAAAAUAAUAUUUCAAAUCAACAAAUAAAACAAAAAGCAGCAGCCCCUCCGCCACUUAAACCAAAACCUAUGGUAAAACCAAUAACUUCAAAUCCCGUUCUUCGUGCUAUAUAUCCUUAUGAAGCUCAGGAUAUCGAUGAACUUUCUUUCACAAAAGACCAAUUAAUUGAAUUAAUCGAAAAAGAUGAAUCUGGUUGGUGGACAGGUCGGUUGAUGGUUCAAGGAGGGAAAACUGGUCUUUUACCAGCAAAUUAUGUUGAGGAAGUUAAAUUAUAA